AUAAAUUAAGCAUCUUAAUUCCUUUAUAGUUUUAUUUCUAGUCUUUCUUCACUCUGUUAUAUGCAUUUUAUUAAUUGAUCUAUUUGCAAUGAUUCAAUACAAAAAUUUUUUAUUUAUUUUGAUUUUUACCAUCAUAAAAUGUGAAGAUAAUCCAAAAAUUUCAUGGGAUUCAAACAUUAUAAGUAAAAAUUUAAAUAAAAUGAUACUUGAAAAAGAAUUUUCUGUGACAUGUGAUAAUGAAGAAAUUGUAAAUUUGGAAGGAUUUAAAUUAAAAAGUAUACCAAUAGAUUUAGUAAAAAGUAAAACGAUUGAAGCAAUUUCAUUAAAUAAUAAUGAAAUAAGCAAAGUUCCAAGUGAUAUAUUUCAUAAAACUCCAAAUUUAAAGUGUUUAAAUCUCGCAGAAAAUGAAAUUUUAUUUAAAUAUUUUCAAUUAGAACAUGAUCAUUUAAAAAAAUUAAUUCUUGAUUAUCAAUCUGAAACAGAACUGCAUGAAAUAUUCUCAAUUCCUCAAGAUGAUGUGAUUAAAAUAAGAUUUCCAAAUUUGGAAACAUUAUCCUGGAAAUACAUUAAAUACGAUAUUUUUAGUUCGACAUUAUUUCCAAUGAUAAAGAAUAUUUAUUUAUCUGAUUCUAAUUUGAUAUACGUAGCAAGUAAUAUAACUCAUCUUUUUCCGUAUUUAAAAAAUAUUCAUUUAGAAAAUAAUAUGAUUGAAGAAUUAAUUGCAGAUGAUUUUCGAAAUGUAGAAUCUUUAUAUUUGGAUAAAAAUCCUCUCAGAAAUCUAUGGUUUAAUGAAAAAUAUACAAAUUUAAAAAUUCUUUCAUUAUCAAAUUCUUUGCAUAAUAUAGACAUUACAGAAAUAAAUAUUCCAUCAUUAAAAACGUUAGAUUUAUCACAAAAUCAAAUUGGUUUUAUACAUGAACAAAUGUUCAAAAAUAUACCAUUUUUAGAAGAUUUAAUUUUAAGUGAAAAUAAAUUAUUAAAAUUUCCAAGCAGAAAGCAUCAUCGAACCAUUUUUGAAAAUGAGACUGGUCAAGCGGCAACUGUUAAUGAUGCUCGAUAUCGCGACAUGAUAAUACAGUUCUUUCUACCGAAAUUGGAUGAUAUUGAUGUGGCAAUAUGUAAUUGCAACAAGACGAUACCACAUGCCAUACAGCCAAUGAAACAAUUCAAUUACUGCAUGAGAUAUUUCCUGGUUGUGUUAUUUGAAGUUAAAGGUCUAUGUCAACAAUUCCAAGUGCAUUACAAGAGGAAAUUAAAUGCUACAUCAACGAAAUUCAGCCACAAUUAUGCAGAAAGGUCAUGA